AUGUAUAUGCUUGUGGCUCGGAAUGAAGGAGGUUCAGUUCAGAGCAGGUUCUCACUGAAUGUUCUACGUGAGUUGAUUUUUUUCAAAAAAAAUUAUUAAGUUUUUUAAAAUUAAAAUUUUCAAUUAAAAUUUUCAGAAGCCAAAUCACCAGAAGCUCCCGAAUUCACUGGAAAAUUCCAAUCCACCACCCUGUAUGAUGGAGAUUCAGUCAAACUUUACUGUAAAGCAGCAGGUGAAGCUGUGACUUUCAAAUGGUUCAAAGACAACGAACAAAUCGCAAGCGGUGGAAGUUUCAAGUGAGAACAAUUUUUGGAAAAAAUUCAAAAAAUUCAAAAAAAUUUUUGCAGCAUUGAUUCAAAGGGAAAUGAGACUACACUGUCUAUAAACAAUGCGACACUUGCUGAAGGUGGAUGGUAUCGAUGUGAUGCUUCCAACAAACAUGGAACAACCACACUCAAAGGUCGAGUCGUAGUUCAAUCAAGACAAAAAUUCCAAGGACCUGCGCAUCGUGAGAUGAUCACUUUGAGAAAAGUCGACAAAGUUGAGCGAUCAAGAACACCUGUCAAUCAACUUCAAGAUUUGUCAGCGUCAAAAGCUCCACCAAAAUUCGAGUCACAACUUCAAUCACAACAAUUGAUCGAAGGACAAGCAAUUCGAUUGGAGAUCAGAUACUCGCCAGUAGAUGAUCCGAAUUUGCGAAUCGCUUGGCUUCAAAACGGGAAAGCCGUUCUUGCCUCAUCCCGAAUUCAGACAUCAACUGAAUUCGGAAUUUCAUCAUUGGAAAUCAAUCCAGUUUCAGUUUUUGAUCAAGGUGAAUACACCGUAGUUGCAGUUAAUCCUCUAGGUGAAGCUCGAACUUCAACAAAUAUUGCCGUUAUUGGACACGGGUCACAUCAAGCCACAUCAUCAUCUGCUAAUAACUUCGGAACAUCUUAUCAAUCUCGGGUUCAACAAGCACCAGCCGGUGUUUAUAUUGAUCUUCCGAAUUUCCAAAGUGACUUGAGAAGUCAAGAAUUGUUCGAGGGUCAACAAAUUCAUCUCGAAGUCAAACUUACACCAAUCAAUGAUCCGACACUUCAAGUUGUUUGGUAUUUGAAUGGUAGAGAAUUGAUGAAAAACGAUCGAGUUCAUCAGAAUUUCUCAAACGGAUUUGCAACAUUAGAUAUUACUGAUGCCCGGAAAGAAGACAGUGGCUAUUAUGUAGCUAGAGCUAUUAACAAAUUAGGAGAAGCUGAAAAUCAAGCAACCAUCAUCAUCCAUCGUAAGUUCAUCUUCUGUUUCUUGAAAUAUUGAAUCUCAAAUAAAUAAUUUCAGCAAAAGUCGAGUUACAACAAUUCGGAGGCUUCUAGACAACUUGAUGUUGAUGAUGUUCGUGAGAUUCAAUAUUCUCACUCAUCAGUCGAUCUCACUCCCAAGUUCCUAUCCCAAUUGAAACCAUUUCACUGCGAUCAAGAACUUGGUAGAUCAAUUUUCGAGGCGAGAAUUCAACCAAUCAAUGAUCCAUCUCUCCGAGUUUCUUGGUUGAAAGAUGGGCAACCACUUCCAAACGCCAAUCGUAUUCAAAUUUUCCAAAAUUUCGGAGUUGUUUCGCUCUCCUUGCAUCCAACUUAUCCAGAAGAUAACGGAGUUUACACUUGCGUUUUGUUCAAUGCUCAUGGGCAAGCUCAAAGUUCAGCCGAGCUCACAACAACCUGGGUUGAAACUCUUCAACUCGAUUCAAAACACACGGAUAGUUUGCCAAUUAUUGGGUAUUUGGAUUCACAUCAAGUUCACAUUGGACCACAAUCUGUUGAAAGACCUGAAGAAUUCAAUUCUCUCGAACCUCCAAUGUUCGCAAGAGAACUGGCAACCAAGAUCGAAGUUAUGGAAAAUGAACCAGUUCAUUUUGAGGCUAGAAUUCAACCAGCAAACGAUGUCAAAAUGACUGUUGAAUGGUAUCACAACGGAAAACCACUUCCAGCCGCCCACAGAUUCCGACCAAUGUUUGAUUUCGGAUAUGUCGCCUUGGACUUGCUUUAUGCUUAUCCAGAAGAUUCGGGAACCUACACUUUGGUCGCAAGGUAAUUUUUGAAUUCUUUUAAGAAAUUCAGAAAAUAGUUUAAUUUCAGAAACGAAUUGGGUGAAGCUCAAAGCAGUGUUGAACUUCUUGUCGGAAGUGAGAAAACCCUUUAUUUGGAACCAAAUCAUCCAGAAGGAUUGGAAAGAAUCAAGGUGAUUUUUAGAAAACUAUCAAACACAAACAUUAUAAUUACAACCAGUCGGACAGCAUUUCUUUCCCUUACAAUCUCCGUCAGUUGAGCACCAGCUGAUCGGUGUGAAAACUUUGCAGCGAUAACCAAGUUGCACUGGGGUUGGACAAGUUCCCGGGGGCGGGUGACAACAUCUGGUGGUUUGAUAGUCGAGGCAAACUGUGCCCGACGCACAUUUGUCAGAUUUAACGCAAGAGGAUGAGAGAAAUUUCACACGGCAUACUGGGAGACCAACUAAAAAUACACAUUUUUUCUAGGGCUCUAGGAACAUUUCAGAAAAAAACUUACUUUCAAAGGACAUAACUCUCUUAUCAGAUGAAAAAUCAUCUCUGAGCGGUUCUCCAAGCUCUUCUGAUUCCUCAGCCUCCUUGUCUUCCAUACAUUCUUCCCGUUCGACACCAAGAAUCCGCCAAUAGUCACAGAGCGGAAUGAAUUUGGGUUUCUGAGUCACGGGAACCUGCUCAUAAUAAUACCUCGGAUCAUCCGUGUACGGCAAAUUAACUCGGAAAAACACGGUGAUUUUUAAGAGCGCUGAGAAAAUUAGAAUAGCGCGCAAAAAAGUCAUUGGAAUAAUAAUAAUAAUACAAAUGAUAAUGAGUAGGCUAGAUAUAUAUUUAUUUGACCAUAUACAAAUAAAUAUGGGCGCAAUGAAGGGUGUCAUUAUUUACCCAACUAAAUAGUUUGUUUACGGUUCCCACCAGAUUUUGGAUGAAUACUAGAAGUACACACUCGUAUAUUUUCAGGAACUUGAACAAGAUCGUCGUCAAGGCAUUGCUGAAGUUGAAGAUCGAACUUGUGAUGCCGCACCCCAAAAUUCUUGA